UGGGAGUUAGGGAACCUAUGGCUAUGGCUACUAAGGAGAGAAAGAGGAUCGGGUGUCCUAAAACGUCUCCAAUCCACCAGAAGUUUUGCCCUGGGCAGUAAUGAGUCUGAAAAUUUUAGUUAUGUCUCACAAAUUUGCAUUAGGCAACAAGCUUUUACCGAAACUAAUGAAAUACCAGGAAGAAUAAAAGAACUGAUCCAAGCAAGAGAGAAAGGCGAAGAUCGCCGAGCGUUAAUCGAUCUCUUCAGACGUAAAAUCAUUCGUUCUGCCUUGGAUUGGCCUGAAUCCAGGGCAGAGUGCUCUCUGCCUGGCCUGCGGGCCUCCACCUCCACCUCGUACAAGCCAAUCAAUAUAUAUAUAGUACACAAUGGCGUUCCAAGAUUUCGACAUGAUUUCCGAGCGGCGAAAGAGAGAGAGGGCGGCGAAGUUGAAGAAGAGGAUCAUAACCGCUUCCAUUUUGCUCGUCAUUAUCCUCCUCAUCGCCGCCGCGGCUUUUGCAUAUUUUGUGGUGUUGAAAGGUCCCCACGACGAUAAGGGCAAGCAAUCCACUAAGGCAGGGUCUCAUAAUGACGGCGACUCCGCCGCCGCGUCUGACUCCUCUGAUACUCCUGACCUUGUGAAGUCUGAGAAGAUGAUAAAAACGCUCUGCACCGGAACGGAUUUCACCACCACCUGCGAGGGCAGCCUGAACAAGGCGGCGAAGGAGAACGCCUCCGCCGCUCGGAACCCUAAGGAUCUCGUCAAGGCUUCCAUGGCCGUCGCCGUCGAGGAAAUCCAAAAGGCAGUGAAACAGGUCUCCGGCCUCAAGCUCGACACGCCGCUGAAGAAAGCCGCGUUGGAGGAUUGCAAGGCGCUCCUCGGCGACGCCAUGGAGGAACUGAGGAGCUCCAUGUCCAGCGUCGCCAACAAGGAGAUGGGGAACCCCACGGCCAAAACCCCCGAGCUGAACAACUGGCUGAGCGCCGCCAUCACCUUCCAGGACGACUGCGCCGACGGCUUCCCCGACGGCCCGGACAAGACCGCCAUUAAGAAAUUCCUCAAGACCUCCGAGGAGAUCGCCAGCAACGCUCUCGCCAUGAUCUCCCAGCUCUCCUCCGUGCUUUCCACGCUCCAUAUCCCCGAUUCCGACCCCAAACGACAUCUUCUCUCCGACGGCGACGAGGAAUUCCCGACAUGGAUGGACAACGAAGAACGCAGAAUGCUCAAGGGCGGCGCCGCCGAUAUUCCCAAACAGCCACCCGACGCUACUGUCGGCAAAGGCGGAAAAUUUCCCACCAUUAAUGCAGCUUUAAAAGCCAUCCCUGAGAAACACCCAGGACGGUAUGUGAUUUUUGUCAAGGAAGGAAUCUAUGCAGAAAAUGUAAAAAUCACCAAAAAGAUGGCAAAUCUCACAAUUUAUGGUGAAGGAUCUAAAAAGUCUAUUAUCACUGGCAGCAAAAACUAUGUAGAUGGAAUCCCUACAUACCAAACUGCAACUUUUGCUGUUAUGGGAGACGGAUUCCUGGGGCAAUCGCUGGGAUUCCGGAACACGGCGGGGCCGGAGAAGCACCAAGCGGUGGCGCUGAGAGUACAAGCGGACAAGGCAGUAUUUGUGAGCUGUCGAAUGGAGGGAUACCAAGACACGCUGUACGCGCAGGCGCACCGGCAGUUCUACCGCGGCUGCUUCAUCACCGGCACGGUGGACUUCAUAUUCGGCAACGCGGCGGCGGUGUUCCAGAGCUGCACGAUCUUAGCGCGGAAGCCGCUGGACAAGCAGCAGAACAUCGUGACGGCGCAGGGGCGGUCGGACAAGCGGCAGACCACCGGGACCGUGCUGCAGAAUUGCAAGAUCCUGGCGGACGAAAAGCUCGAGCCGGUGAAGAAGACGAUCAAGACCUACCUGGGCCGGCCAUGGAAGGAGUAUUCUAGAACCAUCAUCAUGGAGUCGGAGAUCGGCGACGUAAUUGACCCGGAAGGAUUCACGCCGUGGAAAGGCGACUUCGCCCUGAAAACGCUGUACUACGCGGAGUACGCGAACACCGGCCCCGGGGCGAAGACCAAUGCUAGAGUGAAGUGGAGCGGUUACAAAGGCGAAAUCAAGAAGGACGAGGCGACGCCGUACACGGUGGCUCCCUUCAUACAAGGAGAGCCUUGGAUCAAACCGUUAGAAUGUCCGGCGCGUUACGGCUUCAACAGUUAAUUAUUAACUGAAUCCUUUGACUUCAGUUAUAUAUUUAUUAACGUUAAUUUUCAUGCAACUUAGGUUUAUAGAUAGAACGUGAACCAAUUUUAGUAACCCCAACAAUUCGAUCUUACCCCGGCCCCACAUUUUUUUAAAUUUUGUUUACCAACCUCUACAUCUCUCAUUUUAUUAAUUAGUAUAGUCUAAUAUAUGAAGAGAAAGAGCAAAAUAAUUGUUUCGAUCA